GCCACAUCGCAACUGUGUCGUUCAUGCGGAUGUUGAGUCCGCCGCCGCCGAACUCCGCGCACCUUAGUCGCACCUUGAGCAUGCCAAGCAGCAAGUUUCUGCAAGACAAGUCGUCCGAGGCCAAGGCAUUUCACAUCACUUCGCCAAGUUUCACCACCGUGUGGCAUCGUGGCGAAACAGCCAUCAUUCAAUGGGAAUGCACAUCAGGGUCAGUCAUCCCGGAAGUGCGGCUCGUGCUCUUGCGCUCGAGCAAUCCCCACACGUGCACACUUCUCGCAGAUCACGUGGAGAACAAUGGUUUUUUUGUCGUGUCCCAUGUGCCAUCAACGCUUCCCACGGGCGGCGACUACAUACUGCGCAUCUUGUCGAUGGAUGGCCGCCAUGGCGUCGACUCCAACUAUUUCACGAUUCGAGCUUAGGUCGAAAGCAAAUGCAGGACGGCUCCAUGCAUUAUAAAAUUCAUAUUUAUAUACUAGUAUAUUUUCCAA